AUGUCGCCCGACGCUGUGAGAGAUGGGAAUGAGCCCCAACGGCAGAUGGAAAAUGCUCUCCUGACCUCACACUCGCCCUCCCGGCGGCCACUAUCGACAUUUGAGCGAGUGAUCACCACCAACGGCCCCAUUCUCGAGUCCCUCCUUCUCCAGAUCCCCACCGAUACCAUCAUCAAGCUCUACCACACAUCCCAACAUCUUCGCGCGUUCCUCCGCGUGUACCCGACUGCAUGGAAAGCCCUCUCGUUUCGCAUGCAGGAUCCCGAUACACAGCGCCAGUCCCGUCCAUAUGCAUUGGAUCAGCUGUUGAUGAACGUGGUAAUCCCAUUCAGCAGCUGCCUGAAAAUCCUGGAGCUCGAUAAUACAGCCGUCUCGGGGCAGAUAUUGAUUUCGACCGUGUUGCACGCGCGUAGGGAAACGCUGGUACAUCUCUCAGUUCGGGGCUGCAAAAAUGUCUCCCUCAAAUAUCACAUCAUUCCCUACCUCACGAUGUUCGGCCUUCAAUAUGACGUGGAUUUGGAGAAAAACGCAGGGAAUUCUGCAAAACCUAAGCUCGCCCUGAAGAGUCUCUACGCAUACAGAUGCCGCCACCACCGACGCCGACCAUAUCUGUCUGCCUCUUUGCUGCGCAAAGACUCGGAUUCAGAACCAACCCACGAACUCGUGAAUCUUUGCCACAAACUCGAUAUCUGGACAGAUACUGCGUGGUGCACGACGCCUGCUGGCAGGUGUUUCCGUCGCCGCGGGUAUGUUUCAAUGCGCGUCCCACAAGGCUCGCCUGAAGUGUGGGUGGUGUUUGAUCGACUGUGGAGGUGCAAGAACUGGAUUGGGCCGGUCGAUUCUUCUGUGGAUCGUCCACCCGCGAGGGAUGGCAAGCUCUGGGAGAAUGGCGACACAGGGUGUUAUGGUGAACCUCUGGGUACGGGUGAAGGACCCGGCCCAGGCGAGGGCAAGAUGACCCCUGCCCACCUUCGCCAUAGCCAUACACAGUUCAUCCAGGAUGUCAAAUGCGACGCUUGCCAAGAGAGUAUCUUAGAGCGGUGCGAGCAAUGUAGCAUUCUGAUGCACUGCGUGGGCUGUCGGAGAACAUUGUGUGCUAGCUGUGCUUAUGAACGACCCUAUCUUCAUCGUGGGAACUCCGCCACUUUUGCUGGGCAAACCCAUGGCACUAGCAAUAGUACUUCGACCUUUCCUAGCCAUCUAUGGUGGGCUCCUGGCGCUAUGCACUCGCCCAGUUCCAUGCAAGACCCUGUUGGAAACCCCAUGGAUAACAACCCGCUCUUUCAGGCUACCGCUCCUCCCACGACUCAUCCUGCUCUGAAGUUCCACUGGUGCUGCACUGAGCCUAUUUUUUCCGGGGGCGGGGGUAUUAGUAUUGGCACCCCCAGUCGAGAUGUCGACCAAGUACGAGCUGUACCAUUGCCGCGGGGCCAGGGCUGGGAAGACCUUGAGUAUACGGUUAGUGAAUGGAGUAAAACGUUCCCCAAAUACGCCUAUGGUGAUCCCAGCAGACCCGAUUAUUCCCUCGAGACGGGCCAUCUUGCGAUGAUGAAAUGGUUGCUAGGUCCACCAACCCGGCAAGUCUCACCCUGUCCGCGGAAUCUCUGCCAGGACUGCUACGAUUCUCCACAAUGGAAAGUACACUGCAAGAGCUGUUCCAAGCCCCUCUGCAUUGAACACGAUCUACGUGGGCUUCGCUUGCGGAUAUGUGGCUAUCGAGACCUUGCAUUGGAAAAGAUGACCAUUCAAAACCGAUCGGCAGCCCACCCUCCCUCCUCGCCUGACGCCGUCUUCGAUCAGCUCCCCGGGUACGACCUGCCAUUCCGAACUCAGCGAUUGAUCGACUCAACCAACAGUAGCUUCAUCGAGGACCCACCCGGAGACAUUAUCCACGAGGACAAUCCCUCCGAUGCUCCACACGGUGAUCUGUCACUUUUCCCACGAAAUCCUACUCGCUCCAUCUCCGCCCCUCCUUCCAACCAUUCGGGAUCGUCAUCCCCGACGUCUUCCGUCUUUGAGUCACCGCUCGAAGCUCCCCGCUGGCAAGGAUGCCAAUCCUUCUUUUGCCCUCCCUUCCGUUCAAUUGGCGAUCAGCGGCAGCGGUGUCCGAGCCACCUACGCGAGUGCAAGGCCUGUGCGGUGAAUGUCUGUCAGGACUGUGUGCAAGCGAACCCGCCCUGCAAAUGCAGCUAUUGCGAGGAAAACUACCUAUGCCCUAACUGCAUGAAAGUCCGUGCCCGCGAGGGCACAUGUCGUCGGCGCCAGGAGGAGAAGGCACGAAGGGAGCGGAAAUGGAAGAAAGACAUGCAAGUGCUGGAGGGUAUUUUGGAGCUCAAGGUGGCCAAUGAGCUAGCCGAAAGUGCUGGCCAAUUUUUGAGCAUGGCCGAGCGCGACUUCCGGCCCGAGUCUCCAAAUGACUUCGAACCUCCGUCUGUGCCUGUCGAGGACGAGGAAAUCUUACCUGCCAUGUCCAUGACCCAUCCUAUCGUCUCGAUGGCUGCCUCUGGCCCUGGUCUCAUGAAUAAUGUCUCCGACUCAUUUGCGGAAACCAUUGCGGAAGCCAAUUACAUGGACUCCUUCGACUCAGACUAA